AUGUCUUGCCACUGUUUCAUUGUGCCACCUCACCUGCUCAAGGCCAUCGCAGCCUCAACUCACAAUUCGGAGGACAUUCGCAAGACUGCUCAGCAUUGUGUUGAGUUCCAUGAGAAGUUGAUCGAGGCUCGACGAGAGCGACUUGCUGUCCUAACUCAGCCCCGCGGUGCUCGCGGUGAAGUCCCUGCCCUUCGUGCCUCGCCAUUCAUUCCGGAAGGAGUGCUGGAACAGCUAUCUAUAGCUGACGACGUUGACGAAGUUACCCGCACCCGUGCCAAGAGGGACUUGGAGCAUGCUCAGUCUUUGAUCAGUGCCAAAGGUUUUGAACCACACGAAGGGGCACAGUCCCUCGCUAAACCCAAGAAAGGCCCAAAGGAUGCUCCUUAUCGAGCUGUUUACGAUGCCGAACGCACCACGGACGAGGAUAAGCUUCCCGGAACGCUGAAGCGCGCGGAGGGUCAGCCCAAGAAUAAGGACAAGGCUGUGAAUGAGGCUUAUGACAAUGUUGGCGCCGUGCUGAAGUUCUACAAGGAGAAGUAUAAGUGGAAUUCGAUCGACAACAAAAACUGUGAUGUCAUUUCGUCAGUUCAUUUUGGAGAGAGCUAUGAAAAUGCUUUCUGGGACCCAGACCGUUUGCAAAUGGUUUUCGGCGAUGGUGGAGAGUUUUUGAACAACUUCACUAACUGCGUGGACGUUAUCGGACACGAGUUGACCCAUGCAGUCACCGAGCACACCAGCCCUCUUGACUAUCAAGACCAGCCGGGGGCCUUGAAUGAACACAUCUCUGAUGUUUUCGGGAUCAUGAUCAAGCAGCUGACUGAGGAUGAGAAGGCUGACAAGGCUGAUUGGCUUAUCGGCGAAGGAUGUCUCUUGCCUGAUGUCAAGGGCUUAGCUCUCCGCAGCAUGAAGGCUCCAGGGACUGCUUACAAUGAUCCCCGAUUCGGUAAAGAUCCUCAGGUCGACAACAUGAUCAAUUACGAAAAGACGUACGAGGACAAUGGCGGGGUACACAUUUUCUCCGGCAUUCCAAACAAAGCGUUUUACCUUGCAUCUGUCGCCUUUGGAGGUUAUUCUUGGGAGAAGGCAGGGCAGAUCUGGUGGAAGGCUAUGAACAGUGGCAAGAUUCCGGCCCGUUGCAGUUUUAAACAAUUUGCGGAUGUUACUGUCGACUGUGCUGAAGAAGAAUUUGGCGAAGAUGCGGCCCGUAUCGUUCGAGAUUCGUGGUUGAAGGUUGGGGUCACUCGAAGCAUCUAG